GGUGUGUGUUGCAAUGCUGGCCUGACGUGGUGAAGAAGGGAAGGCAAAGAGGAGGGGAGAUCUCUCUGAGCUCAGCCCAGCUGUUGCAGCUGUGAGGAAGAGGAACACACACACACAGCUCAGAAGAUCUCGGCUCACUUGAGCAGCUGGAGCAGGGACAACUGAACCAAGCUGCACAAUGAACCCCUACAUCUUCUGCUAUUAUUUAAUCCAGUUCUGCGGACAUUCCUGGAUAUUUAUCAAUAUGAUCAUCAGGUUCCUGAUUUUUGGGGAAGAUUCGGUUGCUGAUACUUUCUAUUCCAUUGGGCUCGUGAUGCGCGUUUGCCAAUCUUCGUCUAUCCUGGAACUUUUGCAUAUCCGGCUCAGCAUUGCAGAAGACCAUUUUCUCCUGAGGCUUUUGCAGAUCGCAGAAAGAAUCAUCAUCUUAUUUGUUGUGAUUGUCAGUCAAGAAGAAAUUCAAGGAAAAUGUGUUGUGUGCAUCUUAUUCUUCCUCUGGAGUUUCCUUGAUGUGGUCAGAUAUACUUACUGUAUGCUGGCAGUAACAGGAACAUACUUUCAAGAAUUGACGUGGCUCCAUUAUACGCUAUGGAUUCCUUUGUAUCCUCUGUCGGUUUUGGCUGAAGAGUUUGCCAUAUAUGAAUCGCUACCUCACUUUGAAACCUACGGCACUUACUCAACCCAGCUGCCCUUACCAUUUGAUAUAUCCGUCUACUUUCCCUAUGUACUAAAAAUAUACAUGGCGAUGUUGUUUGGAGGUGCGUACCUCAUUGUCCGAUGCCUCUACAUGGAACGGAAGGCUCAACUGGGAAGCUGGACCAUCAAGGCCAAAAGAAGCUAGCUUACCUUUUCCUUAAGGAGUGAAGACGAGACAGUACCAUGAGACAGUAAUUUGGAUAACUUUGGUUUAAAGACAGCAACACACGCUCUCAAUAUGUAGAUCCCAUGACACACAUGGCGUGAGAAGUGUUUGUGUGUGCAGCAGAACCAUGAAUCUGGUGCAGAAUUGGGAUUUUUAAAGCACAUUUUGGGACUGGGGUUGUGGGGAAAAUGGCACCACAGAGCACUCAGCUGCGAUAGAGCUGAUUCUGAGGGUUUGCCCUCAAGGUGGGGACCGUCAAGGGGGCCCAGAGCAAAAAUCACCAGUAGCCCAGCCUGGGUCCUGGGCAACUGCUCAGGGAUGCUGCGUUCUGAAGCCUGGCCCAGUAGCAGGGAGAAGGACACUAAGCCUAGCCUUCUCUGCCCAACACACUAGCUAUUUAUGUACUCAAAUAUUUCUACGCCCUCCCCCAAAUGGAGAAACAUCGCAUAAUGUGAGCCACCAAUUUGUGCAAGCGGUAAGAGCCAGACUUGGAUUACCAUCCUAGUGGAAACUGCCUCAAAGCCAACACAGGCAAAAUAUAUUGGCGCAAAUAUUUAAGAUUUGGAAUGUUUGUCUUAACUUUUCCCACGGAAUUGGAAUUUCUGGUUAAAUCAUUCACGAACCUCUAGCCACUGGAAACAUAUUUUUUGUUUAAAUGUGAAAAAAAGGAUGUAUUUGUCUCUUUCAACACAUUUAUGUAAUGAAACCUAGAAUUUUAAAGAUUUAUAAUUAUAUAUAUGCAAAGUG